AUGUCGACCCUCGACCAAACCUUCUCAUCGCGUUUUUCAACCAACAGCGAAGCAAAUGGUCUAGCGUCCCUAGCUUUCGAGGCUGCUCAUUCUUCGACUGAAUCGGGCGCAAUGAAAGCCUUGGAACACAUCAAGGACCUCUCCUCCGCCCUUGACGCCAUCAUUCAUGCAGGCGCACUUAAUGACCGCAAGAUGCUUCUGGAAAACUUGCUGUCGUUCAUGGCCGAUCACUCAGGGAAGGUUUCAAAUAUGGCUCGGACUUUCGUCAUUAAGACCCUGUAUAAUGACCUCGCGCACCCGCCCACUACAUUCAUUGAACCAAAAUAUCAGUUCCGCACUGCUGACGGUUCAAACAACAACCAUGCUAUACCUGACCUCGGCAAAGCCGGUACACCUUACGCGCGUUCUGUGCAACAGUCAAACCCCUUACCACGGAACCAAAUGCCUGAUGCCGGUCUGGUAUUCGAUACCCUGCUCUGCAGGGAGGAGUUCGUCAAACAUCCUGCGGGCCUGUCCGCAUUGAUGUUCUCCUUUGCAGCACUCGUCAUUCACACCGUAUUCCGGACAGAUCACGCUCCCGGCAGGGGACAUAUCAACAUGACUUCGAGUUACGUUGACCUCGCACCUUUGUACGGAAAUGACCAGGAAACGCAGGACAAGGUUAGGCUCAAGGAAGGACGCGGCUUACUUCGCCCGGACGUGUUCGCGGAGGAUCGGCUCCUUUUCCUUCCUCCCACGUAUAUUGCCCGUCGGUUGCUUGAAAUCAACGAACGAGGUACAUGGAAGGAUCCUGCCCAGCACUCCGCCAGUCAAGCUCAGCUCGGGAAGCAAGAUGAAGAAAUAUUCCAGAUCGCACGCCUGAACAAUUGUGCAUGGUUUGCGGCCAUUAUUUUCUCUGACUACUUUUCGUGCAUUUUGGGCAUUGUGCGACAAGGAUCAAGCUGGAGUCUUGAGCCAUUCGCCGAAAUGCGUAACAUUGAUCACCAGCUCUUCGAGCGCGGCCGUGGUAAUGCUUGCAGUGUUGAAUUUAACUGCUUGUACCGAUGGCAUGCUACGACCUCUGUUGAGGACGAAAAAUGGAUUACUCUUCAGUUCCAGCAGCUUUUCCCUACUAAAAGGCCUGAAGAGAUCACCUUGAACGAUUUUCAUCAGGCUGGAGCGAAGCUUGAGAACAUGGAGAUGAAGACAGAUCUUGAUAAAUGGACGUUCGGGAACCUUCAGCGUCAGACCGAAGGUCCCAACGUGGAUGCGUUCAAGGACUCCGACCUUGCAAAUUACCUUAUGACCGCUACCUCACAAUACGCUGCUGCCUUCGGUGCUCGUGGUACACCCUCAGUCAUGCGUCUCCAUGAAAUCAUGGGUAUCGAAGCCAACCGGUCAUGGGGUGUUUGCUCGCUCAAUGACUACAGGAAGUUCCUUGGUUUGAAGCCAUACUCCAGUUUUUUGGAAUGGAACCCCAACCACAAGAUUGCUGAAGCCGCCGAAAAGCUUUAUGGUCACAUUGACAACUUGGAGCUGUACGCAGGUAUCCAGGCUGAAGAGACCAAGCCUCUUAGGGAGGGCACAGGACUCUGCCCAGGUUACACCAUUUCUCGUGCCAUCCUGUCAGAUGCCAUCGCCCUGACUCGUGGUGACCGUUUCUUCACGCAGGACUUCACGCCAUACAAUAUGACCGCCUGGGGUUUCGCUGAUUGUCAGCGAGACCCUGACGGCUAUGGAUUCGGUUCUACGCUUGGUCGUCUCCUUCUCCGCACCUUGCCCAAUGAUUAUACUGCAGACAGCAUCUACACGUGGUUCCCUUUUAUGCACCCAGAGCGUAUGGAGGGUUACUUGAAGGACCUUGACAAGCUCGACGGAUAUUCUCUUGCACGGCCAAAGCCUCGCGGACCUUGUACCAAUGUGACCAAUUACGUGGAGGUUGGUCAAGUGCUUCUCAGUACUACGAAAUUCGUGCCCGAGUACAUCGAACGCGCAGCAGAGAUCAUCAAGGGCAAGGGCUUCUUUGCGGCAUCUGAAAAUGGCGCUGAAGAGCAGAAGCGGUUCAUCAGCGCGCUCGCACCUUCUCCAGAAGCCAUCUCUCAGAUCGGCACCUACUUCUACAACAAGGUCAAGGAACUAAUUGAACAAAAUUCGUUCUCUUUGGUUGGCGAGAAGAAGAACACUCGUGCUGUCAACAUCGUUCGAGAUGUGUUGAAGGUUAUACCAUUGUCCUGGGCUGCCACCGAAGUUGCUGGCAUUCCCCUUAAGACAAAGCAACAUCCUGACGGUGUCUUCACUGAGUCUCAGUUGUUCGAUAUGCUUUCUGAGAUUUAUCAAUUCAUCUUCCUCGAGGUUGAAGCAGCGAAGUAUAUGACUUUGAAGCAGAGGGUCAAGGACCAUGUGCAAGAACUGACACGCCUUAUCGAGAAUGCUCUUGGUAGUGCUGGGAGCAGAAUGCCUCUCGCUGGACUAUUUGACACAUUGUCUAGUUUCUUUGGCGGUAGAGGCAAGAACCAAAACGAGGUUGUCAAACUCUUGUUCGAGUUUGGUUAUUCCACUGAGCAGGUCGUGAACUCGAUCCUUGCGUUGUUGGUUGGCGCUACUGUCGAGAUGUCUCUUGCUUUGACGAACGUCGUCAAUCAGUUCCUUGAUUCGGAGAAGAAUUCAUCCAUUACAAUCCAAGCGGCUAAGAGCGCGGAUUCCAAAGACCUUUCUGGAUUAACCGCCUAUGCUAUCGAGGCCCUUAGAAUUGACCCACCUUUCGCCGGUGUCUACCGUGUCGCGAAGCAGGAUGCAACCGUAGGCUCUUUGACUGUCAAGCAAGGCGAACGCCUGUUUGUGGAUGUUGCCACGGCAAAUGCGAAUGAGGAUGCUUUCCCCAACCCAACAAUCUUGGAUACUACUCGUACUCCUCGUGCGCGCUAUAUUCAUGGCGACGGUUGCUUCAAGGUUCUUGGGGAUGAUCUUGCUUCGACAAUCAUCGCUGAGGUCCUCCGGGGCAUUUUCUCAUUCAACAAUGUUUGUCGCGGUCCUGGCCAGUCAGGGAAUCUUCCCCGGUUUGAAGACGAGGCACUCCCAGUGCUGCGCUAUGCAUACCUUGAUGAGAAGAUGUUGCCUAGCGCGUGGCCGACGUCGAUGAUGAUCAAUUAUGAUGUUUCUGCAUGA